AUGGUCGCUCCUGCCAUAAAAACAGAGCUCGUUGAUGUGACUGCAGAUUUCAAUGCUGACUGUCGUUUUCUUUUCAAACUUGAGCACCAGCAACCCUCGGGUUCUUUCAAGCUCCGUGGCAUGAGCCGUCUCAUCGAGAAAUCGAUAGCCGACGCAAAUGCUACUGGCAAACAGAACUUGCAUGUUUUCACUUCCUCAGGGGGGAAUGCAGGCAUUGCAGCAGCUUACGCAUCUAAAUUCUACGGAGUGCCUUGCACGGUUGUUCUUCCACAAACAGUGAAGCAAACUACUUUAGAUCAAUUGUCUGAUCUCGGAGCUUCCAUUAUGAUUUUCGGCGAACAUUGGGGUGCUGCUGACGAACACCUUCGUAAUGUGGUGAUGCCAAAGACCGCAAAAGAUGAGGCACAGUUGUACUGCCAUCCCUUUGAUAAUGAAAUUCUUUGGGAAGGACACGGUGAUAUAGUGGACGAAAUGGUCUAUCAAUUGAAAGAUUUGAAUGUGGAUCCGGUUCAUGUGAAAGGAAUUGUGUGCAGCUGUGGAGGUGGGGGGCUUUACAAUGGGCUUGUGGCCGGUUGCCAUCGUAAUCCACUGCUCAAAGAUGUACCCAUGCUUGUAUUGGAAACUUUUCAAACAGCUAGUUUUGAUGCAGCAAUUAAAGCAAAUGAAAUUGUUGCUUUACCCAAAAUAGAAACAUUGGUCACUACACUUGGUUCGCCAUAUGUGGCAACUCAAACAUUGGCCAAUUACAAGAGCCAUAAAACAAGUGUGCGUCUAAUGGAUGAUUUGGAAGCCGUGGAGGGAACAAUUGAGUAUUUUGAUAAGUAUGGUGUUUUGGUUGAGCCUUCAUGUGGAGCAACAGUGGCAACGGCCACACGAAAGAAAGACUUCUUGCAGGUCUUUGGAUCGUUGGGAGCUGAAGAUGUGAUAAUCUUCAUAAUAUGUGGUGGAAGCGCUACAUCCGCCGAAACUUUAGAAAAUUAUCGGAAUCUUCUCAUUUGA